CUUCCUCCAGCUCUUUGAUAUCUAUUAUAUAUCUCUUAUAUAUCUCUUAUAUAUCCACCAUCUACUUUAUCCUCUAGCUGCUUGUCAUUGCUUUCUACAUUGCAUUGCUACAUUCUUAUAUUCCCAUCCUUCUAUCUCCAUAUACUCAUAUCUUUCCAUCCAACACCACUCAAACAUCUUCACAUCACCUCUACUCUUAUAACCUUAUAGCUCCCUAUAGUCUCACACUUCUAUAGAUCUAAUUUCCCAAUCUUCUUUCUCAUAUAUGCUGUCGAUAAUUCCCUCAACUGUCACCACCCCUGCUCAAAGAUUUGACUACGAGACCUAUCCUUCCUCCAACAUGUCUUUUGAAACAAUAUUAUCUCCAACUUUGACUGAAAAAUCUUACAACCAAAAUAUUCAUCUAAAUCCAAUGGACCAGUUUUUGAAAUCGGAGCCCAUUUCAACUCCCCCUCUAUCCAAUAUCACCAUUUCAAAUACCUCUGCUGCUUCUAAUACUCCCUCAGUAAACACAUCCACAAGUAACUAUAACCAAUCUUCUCUAUUCCCAACCUCUUUUAUAACUUCCUCAUCUUCUCCAAACUCAACUGCUUACUACCAGCAACUCAACGAUUCUUAUGCUACUAACAACAUCGCUACCACCUCUACUCUCACCUCCUCUCCUAACAACAACCAAUUUUUAAAUCCUGUCGUCACUUAUAACCCACUAUCCUUACCAUUGCAAGAUGCCUCAAAAAACCAAUUUGUUAGCGUAUUCAAUUUCCAUUCCCAACAACAACAACAGCAGCAGCAGCAACAACAACAACAACAGUCCCGACAAUCCCACCAAUUACAACCUCCUAAUUUGUUCUACGAUAACAUCUAUUUCUCAAACCAAUAUUCCUUGAGCAAUAACCAACAAAAUAUUCUCAAUAGCAAUGCUCCAAGCCCACAAAUGGAUUCAUUGCCAAUACUAUCCUCAAACACCUCAAACAACAAUAUACAUAGCGACUAUCCUCCCUCUCCCCCAAUAGAUCCCGAAACAAUUUCAACAAGAAGAGCAAGCAUAAUAAGCGAGCCUUCAACCAUUUCAAGUAUGUUAGGCUCUCCCUUCUCGGUUAGCUCGACUGCAACCACGAUCAAUGAACUAACUCCUUACAAUACUUCAGUAAAUCAAAACCAAAAGACAACUGCAACAAACAGCAAAGUUUACUUGGAACAAAUUCAAUUCCAAAACACUCCUUCAAAUCUUAAUUCAUACAAUAGUCUUCAAAGCAUCCAAAAUAUUCAAAACAUAAAUGCUUUAAAUAAUAUCAAUACAUUCAAUAAUAUCAAUAGCAUAAAUGCUCUUAAUAAUAUCAACAGUAUUAACAACUUUAACAAUCUCAACAAUCUUAAUCUUAAUAGCUUUAACAGCCUUAACAAUCUCAGCAACCUUAACAAUAUCAAUCUCAAUAGCCUCAAUAAUUUCAACAACUUGAACCCAAUUACCACUUUAAAUCCAAUCAACAAUUUAUCUUCUUUACCAACUCUUUCAAACAACUUGAAUAAUAAUAAUAAUAAUAAUAAUAAUAAUAAUAAUAAUAAUAAUAAUAAUAACGAUAAUAACGCCAAUGCUAAUAACCAUGGUAACCAUAGCAUUAACAUCAACACCAAUGCCAAUGUCAACAACACCAAUAAACUAAACCAAUUCUCAAAACAAUUUCCCUUAAAUAAAUACAGAGUAGUUAGGGGGAUAAGCUCAGGUGGUAGUGCAACAAGACCCCCAAGAAUGACUUCAUCUCAUUCAAAUGUUCGUUACAUUCCUGUUUCUCUAUCUCUCGAUAAUAUCUCUGUCAAGGACUUGUGUUUGCCAGAAUGGGAUGCAAAUGAAAAAUUCGAUCAAAGAAGAAUAAUCAGAAUCGAAAAGAGACAAGAUGGCUGCAAAAUUAAUGCCACUUUCUCAGUUGUUGGAUCAGCAAAAGACCAUCCCAAACCCAAACCUGCUCCAAUGGAUUGUGAAGUUCUUGAAGUUAGUUGUCUAGAAUCUUUUAAUAACGAAGAUGAUCCAAACGGUCUUAAAAAGAGAAAUUUCUAUGUUACAAGUGUUGAAGUGAUUAAAAUUGUUGAAUUGCUUAUAAGCACCGAGUUAGCUGACCCAGGUGAAAGAAGACGUGAAAGAGGCAGAAUAAGAUCAAAUUUAGUACCAUUUUGGUCGAAAAAGAUUUCAACCAGACCAACAUCAAGAUACACUUCACCAAAUUCAUCAGAUUCAAAGACUUCAAAACCUAUUGAAGAGUACAAAGUGCAAUUAGCCAAAAGAAUUAUGGCUUACGAUAUCAGAAAACCAAGAGGUUUUGAUAAAGAAGUUCGCAUUUUAAAAUGGGAAAACUUAGAAUCUGGUUUAAAAAGAGCUUUACAAAGUUAUUACGUGGAAAUUCCAUUUGGUGAUAAUAUCCAUAUGUAAUUGUAUUUGCAAUUAAAUAUGUAAUGAAAAAAAAAAAUAAAAGAAAAAAAAAAUUCUUUUGAUGAUUUAAAUGCUUUCUUGUGUUUUUGAA